AUGGCAGCAGGAAACUCCACGAAAACACCGAAAGACAAUUCCCAGUUCCUGACGGAUGAGAUGAUAACUGGUCUAUGUAUGGGAUUCGGCUUCAUUGUCGGCCUCAUCACAUUCAUCUGUAUCAUAUGGUGUUUGUGUUGCGGAUCAGGCUGCCGCAAGUCAAAUGAGAAAAAGGGUCGAGUGGGCCCCUCACCCUCCCCUGGACGUACAGCCCCAAGCACAAGGUCGACAACUGCCAAUACUUAUUCAACAGGAGGAGGACGUUCGCAGUCAAGAAGAAGCUAA